GUUUGGACACGAUCCAAUAGAAGUGUAUUUUCCCGAUCGCCCCGCUUGCAUUACCCUGGAUCGGAGUCGGUGUUGCAGAGGGAGAUUUACUGGCGGAGAUCAGGGGGAAACGAUUGCCCAGCGUCUGCUCAGAGAGCCACGAUUGACAGCUGUUCGCACGAAUGACCUGAACCGAGAACUGUCAAGGAACAACACGCGUCAUUUUGGCGGCGGCUGGUGCUUUUGAAAAGAAAAGUAAAACGCCCCCUUUUUGAGUCAAAUCCUGCUCUCCUUCUGGUGCGAUCCGCAGUGCUCAAAGCCGUCUGAAAGGACUUCAAUCUUUAUUUCUGCCAGCUCGCUCUAACUGACAUUCUUGAAGGAGUGGACACGUUGAAACAUUCUUACACUGUCAGUGUUUCACAUUCAGCCUGGCCCACAGUAACACAGCUUUCCACACUGCACGGGCUCUCAGUCUCUCCCAGUUUUAGUCACAAUCUCACACAUAAUUUCCACUACAGUUCUCACAUAUCUCUCGCACAGUUUCUAACAGUUGUCCAUACAAUCUUCCCCUCUCACAUACACAAUACCUUACUUUCUCUCUCACACAAUGCUAAAGCAAAAUACUACACAUGCUGAAAAUCUGAAAUAAGUUUUCCAAGCUCUUUUUGUUGUUUUCUUCCGGUCUCUCUCCCCCCCUCACCACCCCCCGCCCCCAGUGACUUGCUGUCUCACAGCUUUACAUGCAAUCUCUCUCAUCCACUAUCUCCCUCUUUCUGUGUUCGUCUUAAACUCCACCUUUCGCACAAUCUAUUACGCACACCCUCUCGCUGCCUCUUCCUCUCAGUUUCAUCCUCUUCCAACUAGACUCUCCCCCCACCCACACUGACUAUUCACACCCUCCUCUAAGUCUCUCUCUCUCACUCUGGAAGACAGUCCCUCUUUCCCACAAAAUCUCUCUCUCUGCCACAAUCUUUGCCGCAAUCUCCCUCUCAGUUUAUGUCACCGCCUCUGCCGAGUGUCAUACCAAACGCCUCUCUCUUUCCCACGUCUACAGUCCCCUUGCCUCUCGAACCCAGAGUAUCUCUCUCUCCCAUACAGUCUCUGUCCCAGCUUUCAUAUCCUCAGUCUCUCUGUUCCAGUCUCUUCACAGUCUGUGUCAGUCUACUGUAGUUUCUCUCUAUUUCACAGUCGUUCGCCUUUGAAGUAUUUCUCUCCCGCUCCAGUUUAUUUAGAUGCAGAACUAACAAAGUGUCUCUCCCACACCCGUCUCUGUUGCAAUCUCACUUUGAGAGUCUAUCUCACAAUUUCAACCCCCCCCUUAAUUCAGUCUCCUUUGCACUCACUAUCUCUGCCUCCCCACUCAGAUCCACGUUAUCUGUUCCCUUCUCCCUCAAUCACCCCCACAUUCUCUGCUUCCCUUCAAUCACCCCCACAUUCUCUGCUUCCCUUCAAUCACCCCCACAUUCUCUGCCCGUCUCUCUCUCUGGAUACUGACAGUCUCCCUCUAUCUAGCAGCAGCCUCUCUCUCUCUCUCUCUCUCUGCCACAGUCAGCGGUCGGUCCCCACCCAGCCAGGGCCGGUGGGUGUGGCAUUCUCGAACAGACAAGGAGCCUUCUUCUAACGCAUUGAGAAAACUCUCUCAACUCCGCGGGCCUUUCUGUUGAGUUGACACCGUCAGCAGCACCUCUCCGGGAUGGGCAGUCAGGAGGACAACAGGCGGGCGGUGCCAGCGGCUCCCCGGGACUCCUACUUCUCUGAUAUCCGAACCUUUCUGAUCGCCGAGUGUUUGCUGAUGCUGACCCAGGGCAUUAGCGGCGCUUACUUAGUCAGUAUUCUAACAACCCUGGAGAGGCGUUUCGAUCUACAUAGUACCGAACUAGGAGUAAUUGCAAGCAGCUUUGAGAUUGGAAACCUCAUGAUAAUUUUAUUGGUGAGCUACUUUGGUGGCAAAGGACAUCGACCACGCCUGAUAGGGUGUGGUGGGAUCAUAAUGGCCAUUGGUUCUUUGUUUUGUGCACUGCCAGAGUUUCUAAGUCAUCAGUAUCAAUAUAAGCAGGUGGAUACUUCAGUGUUGAAGGACACCUGCAUGGCAAACCUUUCAUUGGAAGAACAACAAUUGGCAAAGGAGAAAAAUCUCAAGACGUGUGCAGAAACAGAAACAACAAACAUGAUGUAUGUGUUGGUUAUUGUGGCUCAGGUUAUCAUUGGGGCUGGUGCAACACCAAUUCAACCACUCGGUGUCUCCUACAUUGAUGACCAUGUUCGAAAGAGAGAUUCAUCACUUUAUAUAGGUGUCCUGUUCACUACCAUGUUGUUUGGCCCUGCGUUUGGUUUUAUGUUGGGUUCCUUGUUUACAACAAUUUAUGUGGAUGCCAUCUUCAUUGACACAGCAAAAUUGGACAUUACACCAGAUGACCCUCGGUGGAUUGGCGCUUGGUGGGCUGGCUUCCUCCUUUGUGCUGGACUGCUGUUCUUCUCAUCUUUGUUUAUGUUUGGCUUUCCUCAAGCCAUGCCAAAGAAACAUCACACAUUGAGCAAGAGCUCCCAGCAGCCUAUGCUCCCUGGUAAAGUGCACAAAGACCAGUCAAAGCUAACUACGGAGGAAAAUAAGAAAGAAUGUAAACCAACCAGUGAAGCCACAUGCACAGAAUAUCUGAGAGCGAUUCCACAAGUAACAAAGCAGCUCUUUAUGAAUCCAGUCUUCACCUGUGUUGUGCUGUCUGCCUGCAUGGAGGUUGCAGCUAUCAGUGGGUUUGCUGCUUUUCUGGGCAAGUAUCUGGAAAGGCAGUUUGGUCUCAGUGCUUCGUACGCCAACCAGUUCAUAGGAGUAACUGCAGUUCCUUGUGUGUGCCUCGGAAUUUUCCUGGGUGGCUUUGUGCUGAAGAAAAUGAGCCUAACUCCACUGGGCGCAAUUAAAAUGACAAUGACUGUAAACAUGCUGUCAACGGCUACAUAUGUUAUGCUAUUGUUCCUGGGCUGUGAAACAGGGCCGGUUGCCGGAGCAACAGUCAGCUAUAUGAAUGGCUCUUUCAACGGGUUCCAAAGGAAUCUUACUGUACCUUGUAAUGAAGGCUGUGGCUGUACAAAAGAGACCUUCAACCCAGUCUGUGGGUCUGAUGGCAUCACCUACCUGUCCCCGUGUUUUGCAGGAUGUACUAACAAGAAUCUUACCAACUGUGCCUGUAUCAACACUGAAUUUGCCCACAAUGCUACAGCCAUGUCAGGACGAUGUCCGAGGACAAAUUGUGGAAAUGCGUUCCCGGCAUUUUUUGCUGUUGUUUGUGUAGGAAGUCUAAUAGGUGCAAUGGCACAGACUCCUUCAGUUGUGAUUCUGAUCAGGUCUGUGAAUCCUGAAUAUAAAUCCUAUGCUCUUGGUGUGCAGUUUCUCAUGCUGAGACUACUUGGUUUUAUCCCACCACCACUUAUCUUUGGGGCUGCAAUUGACUCUACUUGUCUCAUCUGGUCAGAGACCUGCAAUAAAAGUGGAGCAUGUGCUGUAUACGAUAACGAUUCCUAUAGAUAUCUCUAUGUCAGCAUUGCCAUAGGCUUGAAAACAAUUGCCUUUAUAUUAUACACAACUACAUGGCAUUAUAUAAAGAGUCAUUCCAAGGAGUAUAUUCAGGGAGAUGAAGACUCAGUCGGUCGAAUGACCACAUCAGAUCUGUUUGCUUCAACAUUAACAUUAGAUGCAGCUGCAACGGAUUCAAACAAAUCGUCUGGAAGGACAACUUUGAUCUAUCAUUUGGGAGAGAAUGAAAUGUGUGAAAACAUUGAGUCUGUUCUUUAACAUUUGUAUGAAGUGACUGCAUCAUUUUGAAGAUAUACUUUUGUAGGAAAAACAUUUUUAAACAAGUAUUUUAAGGUUCUUAGGCAUCACAAGGACACAUUGAAAGGUGCUGUCCUUAUAAAAAAGUUUUUAUUAUUAUCUUUAAAGUUUAAAUUACAGCAAUAGAUAACAUUUUUCAGAUUCAGUAUGGUUCACAACAAGUUAACAAUACAAUUAUAGAAUUAGUGCCAAGAUCUGGCAGACACCAGGUUAGAAUAAACAGUAGGCCCAAGUGGUCAGUUUUUCUCAACAAAAAUCUUAUUUGAGUAAGUUUUAUGCUUUUAUAAGUACUUUAUUUUGCAUUUCCUGAGAUGAUAUAAUACAAGCUACACAUUGUAAUAACAUGUCAUGUAUACUAUAUGAAUGAAAUGUACAAGAUUGAGAUUCUAUUGAGAAUAUCCCAUUAUCCAAGUGCUUGCUUCAAAAUAUGAAUGAAUGAACGUUUCAGUAUCAUUAGUGCUCAUGUUAACAAAUAGCAUAAUGCGUCUGAUUAUAGUUUCACCUCUGAUUUCAAAAGUUUAUCAAAUAUUUUAUUUGCUUUCAUACUAUAGCCAUCUUGUACAUUCACAACACUGGCAUUUCAUAUUGCCUGUCAUGUGACUCAAACUGGAAUAUUCCUUCUUUCAGGUUAUUGUAAAGCAGAUGCUCUCUGUAACAUUAUCAUUGAAGCAAUUUGAGUUAGUUGACAAACAGAGACUUGGCUUAUUCUUAUUACAUUUUGUGCUGUCAAAAACAAUGGUGCUACUAAGAAGCCAGAGUCAAUGCCAAAUGGUGCCUCAGGUCAUAAACAUCAAUCUGGAAAUGAAGCAGGACAUACCAAUUAUUUAUUUAACUGAUACUCAUUUUGCUACCCAAAAUUUACAAAAAAAACUACAGUAAACAGGAAAAGAUGAUGCCUGCUGGAUUAAUGCAAAAUUUUGGUUUCCUUUAAAUUUAAGGGCAAGUUUGUGGCGUGAGCGACAGCCUUUAGACACUGUUGACAUUUAAAACAAGUUUGGUCACUUCCUUCUAUUACUGAACCCCUGCCAGAAUGACAUUAAGCUUUUAAGGCACAAGAUAUUUGCUCCUCAACAGCUUAAGGUUGUUAGCUCGCAGCACAGUUACAACAGGUAAUGUUACUUUUAUCAGCUCUGUUGUGCAUCAACAGUGAGGUCAAAGACAGCUUUGACAAGGACAUUUUAAUUGGCUAUGGUUGCACAGCUGGAACCCACCAGGCAAUCUUUCCUUCUCUUGUAGAAUUCAUACUGACGCCGCAUGGUUGUCCAGUUUCAGGUGUUACUGAGCUAACUGCAGCUGAUUUUACACAAUUUGCACCUACAAAAACAAACUACAUUUAAAAUGGCCCAGUGAUGCCAGUUAAUUUUGUAAUACUUGUGAAAAGGAAAACAAAAAGCCACCUGUAUUAUUCAUGCCAUUCUUUACCUUGGUAAUUGUAAAUUUUAAUAUUUCAUUUUUUUCUACAUCUGGGACAUUAAGAAUACUGAUGUAUGUUCUGUUGAAUCCAGUUGGUUUGUAUUAUUUAUAUUAUGCUUUUUCACACAAAAAUUUAAAAGAACAAUUGCAUUACAACUUUGUAAAGUUGAUAAUUGAUUCCAGUGUUGUUUCCUUUGCAGAAUGUGUAUUUUGUAGUCUGAAGUAGUGUGGCAGAAAAUAACUUAUAUAUUGUGUGCUAUAAGUGUUAAUGUCAAGAAGCCCAUUCAAAUGUAAAUUUACUAUCAAGCGAUAACUUAUAUUUAAUAUACACAACUUAAUUCUCAAACGUGCAAUAAUUAUUGGUCAAAUAUCUUGUUUGUAGUUUGCAAUGUGCAAUACUUAAAACUGCUGGCAAAUAUGUUUAACAUUAAACUUAGUGGCUGAUUGAUGGAUCUGGCAUUAGCCUUGGGGGAGGGAGGUUGGCUGAGAGCACCUCCCUCUCUUGCUAUCAACCCACUCCCCCAUGUUGACGCCGUGAAUGGCGACAUUGUAAACUUUUCACUGUCCUCCUAUAUCCCUGUACGUGAGUACACGUGACAAUAAAAUCAA